AUGACUGAAAUUCUUAACAUCGGAGGCGAGCCGGUCUUUGACAAUCGCAUCGUCAAGAUCGAGUCUCACACGUACAACCCUUUUCUCUACGUCGAAGGAACAUUGACGGUGACCAGAGCAGCCGGCCAAGCCGAUAACGUGGUAUUGGGGAAUAAUUGCGUCGCGUUCAUGUUCGAUGAAAUUCGAUACGAGCUCGACGGUGUGGAGAUUGAUCACUGCAGAAACGUAGGAAUAACCAGCACGUUCCAGAACUACGUUACGGUAUCGUCCGACAGAAACGUGAUCCUGCGAAACGCGGGCUGGGAACCACAUAAUAACGUGAACGGAUACUUCAAUUUCUGCGUACCGCUCAACCUGUUACUGGGAUUUUGCGAGGAUUACAAACGCGUGAUACAAUGGCGAAUGCCUCAUGUGGUAUUGAACGAGAUCAAAAAGCUGUCAAUGCUGCGCGCCUUGGAAGACGGACGAUAUCUAAGUAUGGAUUUCCGUUCGUGGGAUCUGUACGAGUAUCCUCUGUUGCAGAACACGACGAAGCACUCGUGGGCCAUUAAGACCGCGACUCAGCUCGAGAAACCGCGAUACGUCGUUUUCGCUCUGCAGACGGGUCGGAAGAACGUCAUGGCCGCCGACACAAGCCGAUUCGACGACUGCAACUUGACCAACGUAAAACUGUAUCUAAACUCGGAAGUUUAUCCGUACGAUGACCUGAAUUUGGACUUUGGCAAACACAGAUAA